GAUAAUUUUGAAAGAAUCCUCAAAAUUCUCCGACACUCUCCAUGGAACCAUGGCCUUAUAACUUUGUACACAGGAAUUUUGAAGUUUGAACAUGAAGCUUUAUUUCCCUCUUUUAACGGCCGUGACGCGCAGGACGUACAGGUUCGAAUUCGCUGCCAAUCGUUGGGUUACAUCAACGGGGCCGCGUCAAUUUUAAGGUCAUCGGAGAAAGACGGGUGCGUUCUGUGGGAAUUUCCAAUGGCAGACGAUCAGUGUGCAUCAAGCCUUCUGCUAUCUUUUCUGCAACAAGUUCAGGAAGCCAUGUUAGCUACAUUUGGCCCUAAGGAUUUUGAUCCCAAGUUGUACAUUGACCUCCCCCUUCGCUUCAAUUUAUUCCAGACACGCAAAGCCUUUCGGGAAUUAUGUCGCCUGCAAGACAAUUCAUUGUCACCAGAUCAUCUCACUGCUUUUAUCAACGAAUAUUUUGAUGAGCCAGGCAGCGAUGUAAUAAUCUAUACACCACAGGAUUUCACGGUAGAGCCAGAGGGCUUUUUACCCGGGGUAAAACACCCUGAAAUUCGUGGCUGGUCUCUGCAAGUGCAUUCCUUGUGGAAAGAAUUGUGCAGAAAAGUUGGCGAGGAUGUGAAGAUAAGUGCCGAUCAGCAUACGCUUUUGUAUCUAUCUCGGCCGGUAAUAAUUCCUGGAUCGCGGUUUAGAGAAGUUUAUUACUGGGAUAGCUACUGGGUCAUCAGGGGAUUGCUCGCGAGCAAAAUGUUUGAAACAGCCAAGGGAAUUGUGUACAAUUUGAUUUCGCUUGUGGAGACUUAUGGCUUUGUGCUGAACGGCGCCCGAACCUACUACACGAACAGAAGUCAACCCCCUCUUCUUAGUGCGAUGGUGGAAGCCAUUUAUGCGAAAACUGGUGACAUUUCACUGUUGAGAAAGGCAUUGCCUGCUUUGCUACAAGAGUACAGAUUUUGGACUUCAGGGGUACAUGAAGUCAUUAUAAAGGAUGAACAUGAUUUUGAGCAUUCUUUAAGCCGAUAUUAUGCAAGUUGGAAUGCUCCUAGGCCAGAAUGUUCGACAAUUGACAAGGAGACAGCUAAAGGUUUGAAAGAAAAUGAGAAAACGUCCCUUUAUCAUGAAAUCGCUACUGCUGCUGAGUCGGGGUGGGAUUUUGGUUCACGUUGGAUGAGUGAUCAAAAGAGCCUUACCACAUUGCGCACAACUUCUAUCAUACCUGUAGACCUCAAUGCAUUUUUAUUGCAGAUGGAGCUCAAUAUAUCCAUAUUUGCAAACGCCAUUGAUGAGACUUCUAUAGCCAGAAAUUUUGUUAAAGCAGCUGAUUUGCGAUAUGCUGCAAUAAAUGCUAUCAUGUGGAAUGAUGAGAUGGGGCAGUGGCUUGAUUAUUGGAUUGAUUCAGACAGGUCUUUAUUAAAUCAAGAAAAUGAUAAGCAAUGCAAGGUUUGUAAAGAAAUUCAUAUAUUCAAUAGAAACAAUCAAAACAAAACCAUUUAUGCUUCCAACUUUGUUCCACUAUGGAUUGAGCCCUUUCGUUCAGAUAGAAGAAUAGAGAAGGUGAUAAAUACAUUUCAAAGAUCUGGACUUAUCCAACCUGCAGGGAUAUCAACGUCUUUGUUAAAUACAGGGCAACAGUGGGACUUUCCAAAUGGUUGGGCUCCUUUGCAGCAUAUGAUUACAGAGGGUAUAGCAAAAUCCACAUUUGGAGCAACGCCCUUAGCAGCAGACAUAGCUCGAAGAUGGGUGAAGACUAAUUUUGUUGCAUUCAAACAAACCGGGGCAAUGCAUGAGAAAUAUGAUGUACAAGUCUUUGGGGAGACUGGAGGCGGUGGUGAGUACACAACCCAGACGGGCUUUGGUUGGUCCAAUGGUGUGGUUUUGGCUCUGCUUGAAGAGUUUGGCUGGCCGAUAGAUUUGCCCAUUGACUAAAUUAAGUUGUACUGAGCAACUUUAGACAUUUGCCCCUUUCGAUAGUAUUCAUCUGCUUUGUGCUUUCUCCUGUUUAAUAAGUAGGUCUCUGACACAUAUAGGAAGAAAUAAGCUCUAGUAAGUCUCUGACAUUGAAACUGAAGUCCCGUGUCACAGUUCAAAGUUGAUGAACAGGAUUAACAAAAAGUACUAUGUAUCAUAUGAUUUCGAUACACCAUUAAAUAAAGUUUGGCAUAAUAAUCCA